CCAACCCGUUGCCACUCCCCCCCCCCCUCGCGUCGACAGCCUCGAAAGAAUCGGAAAUUACAGCCCGGUCCCCGGAUCGGAUCCCCCCAAAUCCGCCUCGACCUCGACCUCACCGCCGGGCCUUCCUUCCUCCCGCGAUGGGGAUCUCGAGCAUGCCGGAACCGCGGGACAGCCUGCUGGGGUUCCUGGUGUACAACGCGGUGAUCUCGAUCGCGGCGCUUGCGGGGCUGGUGCGGGCGGCGCUGGUGUUCCUCGACCUCGGGGACUGGGAGGCCGACGGCGCCGUCGGCAGCGGGGACCGGCUCGUGCCCGCCGCGUCGGGCCCGGCGGAGCGGCUGCAGAGGUCGCUCCUCCGCCCGGCCCGGCUCGGCCCGAUCCCGGGGGUGACGACGACGACGUGCGGCGCGGCGGCGGCGGCGGCCGGCGACGACUGCAGCGUGUGCCUGGCGGGGUUCGAGGCCGGGGCGGUGGUGAACCGGCUCCCCUGCGGGCACGUCUUCCACCGCGGGUGCCUCGAGACCUGGCUCCGCUACGAGCGCGCCACCUGCCCGCUCUGCCGCGCCCGCGUCCCCAUCCCCGCCGACGAGGCGCCGGGGCUCCGCUACCCGGAGUGCGAGUGAUUCGGUCUGGCCCUCUGCUUCCGGCGGCCUUCCAGAGGAAUCCCCCUCCCUCGUCGUCUCAUCUCGCGCCCGGCUGUGUGCUGCAGGCUCCGUGUGGCCUUCCGUGUGCGCGUAGCAAAGAUUAGGAGUAGUAGAGUUGCUGUUGCUUUCCCUUUUCCUCUCCCUUUUUUUUUUAAUUUUUUGUUGUUUCCGGUGCGGUCGCUGUAGCGUGUAAAUACUCGCAGUUCGCAGCAGAGAGUAGAGUGCUCCCGCGGCUGUGGUGUAGCGCUUUUUACGAGCCCAGCUCGUGUACAUGCUUCUUCCCAAAGAGCAAAAAUAUCGAGGAAAAAUUCACCAUCGCAUUCGACC